GGACUCGCUGAUAAACUCCCGCGCUCAGACGAGACGCGACACACAGGAUCGAUCGGUCGAUAUAUCAGGACAGUGAGCGGAUCGAUCAGAGGAAUAAAACACACUGCUGACGGCGGAUUCAGCUCAAGCUUUCUGCGAGGAUUCAACAGAUCACUGGACAUGGAGCCUCUUUUACCUGGAUUCAGAAACACUCUAAAGCGUCAGGCAGCGUUUGAGCUGUUCGAGGACCCCAUGUCUCUGUUCUCGGGGUGUUAUCCGGUCGAGGAGGAGCAGGCGGCUCAGGAGGUCCCGUCCGGUCUGGACUGUCUCUCUCAGGAUGCCGGGGUGUGCUCCGUUCCUCUGCUGACCCCCUGCAGUAAAGCCCUGGUCAGUCAGGCGCUGAAGGACAGCUUUAACGGCUUCUCCAAGGUCCAGCGUGUCUGUGGGAUCUCCAACAACCCGUGUAAGUGGACCAAGCAGCACGUCCUGCAGUGGCUGUACUGGGCGUCCGGAGAGUUCAGUCUGACCAACAUCAACUUCUUCAAGUUUGACCUGAGCGGACAGGAGCUGUGUGACCUGGGCAAGGACGGAUUCCUGGAUCUGGCUCCGGAUUUCGUGGGUGAUAUCCUGUGGGAGCAUCUGGAGCAGAUGAUGAGAGCGUGUCAGGAACAGGAAGAGGCCAGAGUCUUGAGUCGCGAGGGCAGCUGGUCGAGCGGUGUGUGUCUGGAGGAGGCUUCUCUGAAGGUCCCGGAGUCUCGUGGCAGUCUCCUGCGGGAUCUCUUCCAGACGGCGUGUGGUCAGGAGCUCUCUCUGUACUCCAGACCUCAGCUCAGCACGGUCAGCGUCAGCUACAUGAAAGCGUGUCCAGGUCUCAGCGCAGUCUCGUCCUGCGAGCAGACGUCGGUGGAGAGCGUGGAGAGUGUGGAUGGCUCUGAGAGUGUCCUGCGCUCCUGGGGCAGUCACUCAUCGCUCGCUGAUGCCCAGCGCGUCCCGUCCUACGACAGCUUCGAGGAGGAGCUGGUCUCAGCUCCGCUGGGCCUCCGCAAACACGGCCUGUCCUUCAAAGACUACGUCCAGGAGAGGAACGAGCCUCUGGAGCAGGGCAGACCCGUGAUCCCCGCCGCCGUGCUCGCUGGAUUCACCGGAAGUGGCCCCAUCCAGCUGUGGCAGUUCCUGCUGGAGCUGCUGACGGACAGCAGCUGUCAGAGCAUCAUCAGCUGGACCGGAGACGGCUGGGAGUUCAAGCUCACCGACCCCGACGAGGUGGCCCGCCGCUGGGGGAAGAGGAAGAACAAGCCCAAGAUGAACUACGAGAAGCUGAGCCGAGGCCUGCGCUACUACUACGACAAGAACAUCAUCCACAAGACGUCAGGGAAGCGCUAUGUGUACCGCUUCGUCUGCGACCUGCAGAGCCUGCUGGGAUACACGGUGGAGGAGCUGCACGGCAUUCUGGGAGUUCAGCCGGACACCGAGGACUGAAGCGGCGGCGGGAACCCUGCGUCACGUCCAGACCUCAGCGGGGGUCAGUCGAGCGUGCAACACUUAAUCACUGAACCUGAUGAUUCCUGGGAUGACGAGAGCUUGUUUUUCCCAGCACACGGCGGGGAUCGCUUCUCUGAGGUCAUCAUCACAGCCGACGGUUUCUGAUCCAGCCACAGUUUCAGGAUUGAAGCACAUCUGGAGAGACUGAGCUUUAAUAACAUCACCCUACACCUGGCUUUAACUCUUUCCCUGCCAAACACAGAAGUGUCCGUGUUCUCACUGUUAUACACUAGGGGGCGCUGUUACACAUCUCCUGAAUGAGUCACUGAUCAAAAACACAGACCAGGAAGACGCAGAAACGAUCCUCAACACUAACAGUGUAUAAUGAGAACAGUCUGAUGCUAGCGAGUGAAGUGUGGAUCCAGAAAGUGUUAAAGGAGUUCUGAUGGGAGACAUCUACUGCAGCUUUACUCUGAUUAUAUUACUGAAUAUGAUCCUGAUGUACGGUUUUCUCAGCUUUUUGCUAUCUACAUACAAGUGUUGAUUUAAUAAUAAUACAAAUCUAGACGCUGAGCUGAGAGACGUGUGCUUGUGAUCUCACGGGGAACGUCUUAUACCAGACUCCUCCAGUCUGCAUCUGCUGUACUUCACAGACACAGAACUAUUAUUAUUAUCAUAACUUCUACAGAAACCAUGUGAUUAUUCCUCACCGUGUCCUUAUGUUUGUACAGAAGUGUGUUUAUAUGUAUUCUCUAUACACAGUUGCUCUUCAGAGCGGGUCUAUUGUGAAGAUGAAUAUGAAGACAGAUUUAUGAUGAAGAGUUA